AUGGCCACCCACGUUGUUACUGCCACUACCACCACCACUACUUCUCCCGUCCUCGCGGGAAAUCAAAUCUCCCUUUACGGCCAAACUACCCCCAUUCACUCCGCCGAGACCACUGCCAACAACUCGCCUGCCUCGCCUCAGCAGCAGUACCUUCCCCUCCACAGCAAACAGCUUCGUCCCUUGAAGGGUCCGCUGUAUGUUCCUGCUGCUCUGCGCCCCAACGAACACGCUGCGCAGAAAGCCUCUCCUCCGACUCCCCCCCGCAGCGUCCACGGCUCUUUGGACAGCCUGACUGAAGGCGAGAUCGGUGUCCCGGCUACUCGUCGCUCCACCAUGGAAAGCUACAGCAGUGGUUCAACCGUCAGCAAGCUGGCGGAGGACGAGUGGAUGAAGAAGGAAGACCUUGGCCAGGUCACCGGCCAGCCGACCCGCGAACAUUGGAAAGCCGACUCUGCUUCUCCUAACUGCGACUCUCCUACCUGUCGCUCUUCCUUCGGUAUCUUCCUGCGUCGCCACCACUGUCGCCAUUGCGGCCAUGUCUUCUGCUCUUCGCACACCCCCUAUGUCGUUCCUCUCGAUCAGAAUGCCCGCUUUCACCCUGAGGGAGUCCCGUCGCGUGCUUGCGAUCUCUGCUGGAGCGCCUACUCGCGCUGGGAGGAGUCGCGCACUGAGCGCCUGAACAAGAUCCAGACCCAGCUCGACGCGCAGACCGGUACUGUUCCCGCUGGCACCAACCGCGCUGUCGCCCAGACCACCAAGGCCUCGCCGGUCGAGAGCCUCAAGGCUGCUGCUCUCAACGGAGUGCCGGGACAGAGCACAGAGAUCGCUGCCAGCGUCCCUCGUGGCUGGAACUGGAGCACUUUCUGA